GGAGAGAAGGGGAUUCCGCAUUUAAUAAUUAAAAAAUGCACUACUACGUGAAAAACAGGAUCGUGUGGAUUUUCCACGAAGAAAAAAACAAAAAUCCGACAUCGUUUCAUCCGAAUUUUCAAAUGUAAAUCCACAAAUUGGUAAUUAAAUGAAUAUGUGCGGUAGAAAAUAUGGCACGCGAAACGUGUUAAUUAAACCCGGAGGAUGCCGAGCCAUCUCGUUCAAAAAAAUCCAUCUCCAGGCAUCGCUGAAAUUAAUGUAGUCUCUGUUCUGCUCGGUGUACACCGUGUACAUGAACUCUCAUUAACGGGUUUACCAGUCUCACAGACGUACAGGCAGAGGGGGGCAUCCGAGUGUGCGGGCUAGAGCUGUACAGUAAACAAUUCUGGUAGGCUUGCAAUGAUACACAGCAGAACUGCAUGCUAGUGCAGACGUCGCAUGCCGCAUGUGCACGCCUGUCAGUGGAGCCUGGGUGCACACAACCAUACGAGCUGGACCGGGAGGAAAACAAGCUCGAGCGCUUAUUUGGGCUCUCCUCGAGGGAGCGCGAUUGCAUGAUGAGAGAGAAGAGAACCGCUGCUAUCAUGAACGAAUGUAAAACACAUCACAGAUUUUAGGCAGACACUGGAGGAUAAAAAAAACAAGCAACUCGCCCAGCAAUGGAGAACCAGGCGGCGAUGGAGCAGCAGAGCUACGAGGACGUGCGGAAAAGCGGUUAUCUCCGCAAGCAGAAAUCUAUGCACCGGCGCUUUUUCGUUCUCCGGGCUGCCUCGGAGCAGGGCCCGGCCAGACUCGAAUAUUAUGAAAACGAAAAAAAAUUCCGGAGCAAGUCACCGGUCCCAAAGAAAGCAGUGAACCUGGACUCUUGCUUUAACAUCAACAAACGGGCGGAUUCUAAGAACAAGCACAUGAUAGUGCUGUAUACCCGCGGGGAGAGCUUUGCCAUAGCCGCGGACACCGAAGAGGUCCAAAACGAAUGGUACCAGGCCAUGCUGGAUCUACAAUGUAAAUGUAAGACUCCUGAUGAGUGUGGCAGUGGAGGAGACUGUGGAUUGCCUUCCCCUGGCCCUGCCUUUAAGGAGGUCUGGCAAGUCAAAGUCUGGCCUAAAGGUUUGGGCCAGGCCAGGAACCUAGUUGGAAUCUACCGGCUUUGCUUGACGGACAAAACAGUCAACUUUGUCAAACUUAACUCUGACGUUGCCGCUGUGGUCCUCCAGUUGAUGAAUGUGCGACGCUGUGGCCACUCAGAGAACUUCUUUUUCAUUGAAGUGGGUCGUUCUGCCAUGACAGGUCCUGGAGAAUUCUGGAUGCAAGUUGAGGACUCAGUGGUGGCGCAGAACAUGCAUGAGACCCUGCUUGAGGCUAUGAAGGCUCUGAGUGAAGAGUUCCGUCAAAGAAGCAAAUCCCAGACUGUUGGUGUGAGCUGUGGAGGAGGGACUGCCUCUAACCCUAUCAGUGUACCUUCUAGACGACACCACCCAAAUCUGCCACCUUCACAAGUUGGCUUUUCUAGACGUGCUAGAACGGAAACCCCUGGAGUCUCCAACAGCAACACAUCUCCAACUCCAAGGCAUGGAUUCUCUAGGUCACGGACAGCUAGCAUUGGGGCUCGCACAGAUGAUGGAGGAGGCAGAGCAACGGCUCUCAGCACAAGUCCGAGUCUCAAUGGUUCAUCCUGCUCAACUACCCCAACGCUGAGGCCUAAACCUACACGAGCACCCACUCCAGCAAAGAUCACUCUCAGCCUGGCACGUUACACCCCUAACCCUGCACCUUCCCCGGCCCCGAGCCUCUCAUCCAGCUCUGGUCAUGGGUCAGAAUGUGGGCUGGGUGGAGCUGCCUUUGGAACAGUGCCCAUCUGCACUUAUGCUCGAAUUCCUCAGAGAGUGUCGAUGUCAGGAUCACCCAGUGAUUAUGGUUCGUCAGAUGAGUACGGCUCCAGCCCCGGAGAGCACUCCCUGCUAGCCACAGGACUCCCUGCUGCUCUUGUUGAAGGUGGAGCCAGUUACAUCCUGAUGGGUCACCGAGAAGGGUCUCACAAACGUAUUCAUGGACGCAGGGUUCUACGUCGUUCAUCUAGUCGCGAGUGUGAGGCUGAGCGCAGGCUGCUCAGCAAGCGUGCUUCCCUUCCCCCCACCUCUACCCAAGAGCGUUUGGUCCCGCGCCGCAGGGAGGAGGAAGAAGAGGAUGAAGAAGACUAUGCAGUGAUGUCACGCAGUGCAAGUAGAGAGUCUUUUACAUCUCGCCGAGGCUCAGGGGGUUCAGCCACAACAUCACUGGUGCAGGAAAACUCAGCAGAUAAAGGAGUCAGUACUAAAGGGGGCCCCGAAGACUCCUCAAUUGACAGUGGAUACAUGUCAAUGCUACCAGGCGUUACAGCCCCUCCUGCUUCAUUGUCGCUGUCGGUUUCUGCUUCAGAGGUAGUGCCAAAGGGUGGAGAUGAAUACAUGGCCAUGACCCCCAACAGCAGUGUCUCACCCCCUCAGCACAUCCGCCUACCCAUCAAUGAGGGCUACAUGAUGAUGUCUCCCAACAGCAGCUGUUCACCAGACUUACACGGCCUAAGUGGAUGCAUUUGGGGCAGUAGGGGCAGCAUGGAGAGUCGGACAGGCAGCGACUACAUGAACAUGUCACCUAUAAGUGCCAGAUCAGCUUGCAGUACUCCUCCAUCACACCCAGAGCAGCAACCGCUGCAGCCAAAGAUGGUUUAUUCUUAUUUUUCGCUGCCACGUUCAUACAAACACACCACCCUCUCAACUCGUUUUGAGGAUGAUCUAGACAGGGUUUGCAUGGGUAGAGGUGAAGCAGGAGUAAAAGCUGGGCAUAGUGGUUACCACUGUGUAGGGGGCACACCUGUGGGCUCAGGUGGUGGUGGACAACUCUCUCUGUCCUCAUCCUCUUUUUCAUCUAGUUCAGCUAGUAGCGAAAGCCUUGAGGACAGGUCGUUGUCUCUGUCAGUUGGUGGAGUUGGAAGAGCAACUAGGUUGAGUGCAGGACACAGGGUAGGGGGGGCACACCCCAAAAUUACAUCCCAACAUCAUCACCAGCAGAGAUGUGGACCAGGUGUUCAGAAACAGGGUCAUUUACAGUCAAGGAAGGACAAGCCGUCCAAUUUUUUUGUUGAUGUAUCCAAAGCCAAUACGCUGCCGAGAGUCAGAGAGACUUUGCUCCCAACUGCAUCCCAGAGCCCUGGGGAGUAUGUGAGCAUUGUAUAUCAGGGUGAGCGAGGGGGACAUAACAAGAGGAUGACUACGGCUGAGCCAGGGAACUCUAUGGCACAAGGACAUCAAAGAGCCUUUCACCGACCACAGCCAUGUCAGGGUGGAUCUACCAACCUUCCCCGGAGCUUCUCAGCACCCCUAUCAACCUCAAUCUCUUUGUCAUCUGAAUAUGUAAACAUGGAGUUAGGUAGCUCACCUUCUUCUCUCACCACCCUCUCUUCUUUUAAACCUGCCCCAAAGGUCAGAGAGGAGAUCAACAGAGCUCCUCCAGUAGAACAAGAAUUGGAAAUGGGACUCAGGAAGAGCAGCAUGACAGGUAUGACAUCUACAGAGGUGGCUGCUGCUCCUUUCACAGACUAUACUGAGAUGAAGUUUGGAUUGGGUGCAGAUACAACAUCCAAGUCCCCAAAAGCUGGCCAAACACCUCUGCCAUCCUCCAUGGAGCAGGAGCAUAAUAUGAAUUUUUCCUCACCCAAGGCUUUUUCAAAUGUGGAUCAGGGUGCCCGUCUAGUCCGGGCUGAAUCAACAGCAAGACGGCGGCAUCGCUCAGAGACGUUUAUCACACCCCCAACUCAUCCCCUCUCCCCCUCUGCUUCCCCUUCUCCCUUUUCUGAAACACCACAUGUUGGUCCACCACGACAGCAAGGAUUAGAGAGCAACCUUUGGUCAAACAAUCAGCCACCCUCUCCACAGUGUGCCAGCCCUGGAGUAGCAAAUCUUCCUGCUGCUCAGGCAUCUUCCUUAACCCUGGAGCAAGGCCUGAACUACAUUGAUUUGGACUUGGUCAGUAAGGAGAAUCAAACCAGUGUGGACGGACCCUCUGGCCCUCAUUCAUUUUUCUCUCCUGUAGUUGGAGGGUUGACUGGGGGAUUGGGUGGAGCAGGAGGAAACACCAGCUCCAGCAUCAACACCUAUGCCAGCAUUGAUUUCAUCAAAUCAGAUGAAUUGAGAGUACAUCAGAGCAGCAGGAAGGACAGCAAAGAUUGUUAAUGUGCUUCUGUGUUUGGACCAGUCAGCACCUGUCCUUCCUGCGUGAGUGUGUUUGUCUGUGUGCGCACCUGAUGUGUCCUCAAAAACGGUGCGAUUGCCCACAUCCCUCAGCAGUGGAAACCUCAAUUAAAACAUUUACUCUCAUUAGUUGCCAUUGGUUCAAUCAAAAUAAAAUUUGUGCCAAAAGACUAUCUGUCAUUUCCUCCAGAGAUCACUGAGAUGGACGUGUCCUUCGGCUGCUUAUAAAAGGGCCACUGCGACUCUGACUGCCAACCAGGAGCCAAUGAUAUUCCUUUUUUCCUCUACCACAUACUUUAAAUUAUUGUAAGAGAGAUGUUAAAUAGUAUAAUGAUAGAUCAAAAAUAUAUAGCAGACAUAAUAUUACUGAGAAUAUAUCUAUCUAUCUAUCUAUGUAUAAAUACGACUUUUUUUUAUAAAAGUGCCUCAUUUUUGAUUGUAGCCAUUUUUACACACAGGUCUAAAUGUGCUCUGUAAAAGAAAAAAUGCUUCUUCUUUUUUUUCUAUCAUUCCUUUGUGUUUGCUAUGCUGAACAAAGCCGAAAGACAAGAUAUCUACAAAUAAGUGAAGUGAAGAAAAGCUAUUGGAUAGAUGGAAGAGCUUUAUUUGGUAUGGCUUGUGUAAUCAGAUUGCCUUACUGUGCUGUAUUUGCUUGUGUGUGUGUGUGUGUGUGUGUGUGUGUGUAAUCAGUCAUCUAAGCCUCAGACAUCCUGUGCCUCAGUUUACUAAAAAAGAUCUGGACAAACACAUGUAAGAUCAAAACUGAUUUCUUAUACCAUAUUGCUGUAUUAUUAAAACUUUAGUAAAUGCAUCUACUUCUAUACAGAUAAACAUGUAUACAUAUACAAAGUACCCACCCUUUCUUCUAAUAAUAUAGCAUAAUGGCAUCAAAAGGCUGGGAGCACAAAAUCAGAUGACCGAUGGGUGUCUAAUCAAUAUAAUAGGAACUUGUGUGUGUGUGUGUGUGUGUCCCUCCAUAGACUUUUGUCUUUAGUUGUAUAACCAGGGUGGUGUAUUAAUGUAGUACUCCCCAUCCCUAGGUUACAGGAUACACUCAUUUUCAGAUUUAAAACUGUGCCUCCCUCAAAUGCAGCUCUAUUAUCACAGACUCAACUGAAAUAUAAAUUAAACACAUCCACAGUCAGACAGCGGAUAUCCAUCAAAUUUCUCAGUCUGACCUGUUGAUGAUAUUCUGACUAGUUUUUACAUUGCUGCAACUUGCUUUUUACACAGAGAUACGCCUCACUUUUUCUGUAGUACAGAAUGUGCUCUAGUUUGCCCUGCUUUUGCUUAUUUUUUUCAGUAUUAGAAUUUAAAGAUAAGACUUACAAGACAACAGGGUCUUUUUAUGCCAUCCAGACAGUUGUGCCUGUCUUUUUUUUUUACACGAUUUGACUUUUGAGAUUAAUUUUGUUGGCUACUGCAAUUUUCUAACUAAUCUAUAAGGUUUGUUUUGUGUAGUGUAUGUAACUUGCAAAAACAAUAUGUAGAAAUGAUCCUGUUUCAGUGCCAAAUUCUUAACUCACACAAUACCAUCGAUCAUGCAUUGAGGGAAAAGAGUGAUCUCAUAAAUUAAAACAUGCUUUUUAAUGCCACAUUUUUAGUAACCAAUACUUUUCUUUUUUGCCUGCACAAUCUGCGUAUUUUCUAUCACCCAUUUUGUCAACUCAUAUCUCACAUAGUACAACAGCUGCCUUCAGUUACCAGGAAUCAACAUGAAGCCUUAUAGUGCUUAUAUGAAUGCCUUUUCUAUCAUGUAAAAAUAAAACUCUCCUUAGGUUAUGCAUAUUGUAUACAAGUUAAUUUAUGUGUAAAGACAUGCAACAUUCAAUGCAGUGUUUCUAACUGUUUAAUAGAGGUGACAUUUGCUUACAGUGUUUAUAUUCAUCAUUCACAUCACUUAUACAGUGAUUGUUAGUGGUUACAGAUAACAUGCAUACCUCCCACCAAAACGUUCACAUCCUUCAUAAUCUGAUUAAAACUAACAGAACAACAACAGGUGGUGAUUUUAACGUGGGGUGGGCUUAAUAUUGUCCCCUUAAGAGUUUUAACCUCUAUUUACUUCUCAUCCUUUGCAGGACAUAUGCCUUUUUUUAAUUCAUUUAAUAGGUAGACGUUACAAAAGCAAAGAAACCAUCAAACCUUGUUUGUGUGUGUGUGUGUGUGUGUGUGUGUUUCUGUUGCUGUCAAAGCGCAUUUGGCUAUUCUGUUUUACCCCAUGUGUCUUUUUUGUAUAUUUUGAUUGCCUUAUUGUCUGUAUUAGCUCUUAUUUAAUACAUGGCAGCUGUAAAAGAUGCUUUUUAUUCUAGAACAGUGGGAAUUAUGUUUAAAGAUUCUGCAUUCUAGCAGUGGGAUUUUUCUUUCUUCAGAAUGACAAUUUUAUAGUCUGGUUUGGUGUAUAAACUUGUAUGUCCCCAGACUUUCUUUCCAGAAAACAUUAACAUGGUAUUAAGUGAUGUAGAAAUACAGCCAAGGUCAUAUGUAUACUGUAGGUAUAUGGACUAUCUAUAUAUAGUCCAAAAAAAAGAUACAAAAAAGAAAAGUAAUCCUUUAUUGUCUUUAAGUACCUGCAAUUGUUGGGGAAAAGGGUCUGAUAUGCACAAUCAGGGGUUUGUGUAAAGUUAAAACUUGAUCUGUUCUUCUGUAUAUCUAAUUCUAUGAAACAGUCAAUGACAAUUGUGUAUAAAGGGGUUUUAAUAAGAGAGUUAAUAGGCUGUGGGCUACUGUAUAGUUCUGUGAAUAAUGGGAAAUAUGGGCUCGGGUGGGAGACUGUAUGGUACGGAUAUAGUAGAAAUGUCUGUUGAAUUCAGAAAUUCCUCAAUGAUUAUUGCCUGUGAUUAAGACAAUGUCACUCAAAAAAUGAAAAAAGUAUGAGAGAACUGAAAUAAGUGUCUCGUGUCUUUUUUUUUAUAACAUAAAUUUGCCGUCCAUGUUGGAAAGGUGUGUGCGCGCCCGCCUGCAUGUGUGACUGAAGUCUAGACAGACAGUCGCCUCUGAAAUGACUUCCAAGGAUGAACCACCUGCCAAGACGCGUGAUCGUAACAGGCAUGAGUGUGAACGUGUGAACGAGCGCGUGUUCGCGUGCGCCGACGUACAGCCCGGUCCCCAUUUCCGAGAUUCUGAAGCGGCCAUUACCCCUUGAAAAAAACAACAUCGCAUCCCUCGCGAGGGAAGACAGGAGCGUUCUCAAACGUUCAGCGUAUCUGUGACCCAAAGUUAGGCCUCUGAGGACAUCGUGUGGUAAGUGUGGGGUAAAACAUCAACAGCUGCUGCUGUUUCGAGCAGCGAAAUCACUGCUCGCUUUUUUGGGGGGUGUUUUUCAAAGCAGUAAACAUUAUGUUACAUUUGUUGUGUUCCACAAACAAGGAAAGUCAUACAGAUUUGAAACAACGUGAGUGUGACUUGGUCUAAGUCACACUCACUAUUAGCCUUUUUCUACAGUAAUAAAGUAAGCAUGUGAUUUUGCUAAAGACAUCCCGCUAUCUGAAAAUUGUGAGAAAUGGGAAACAGGAGGACAGUGAUCCCUGAUAGCACACAUACAUCAUGGAGAUAUCUUUCUGACGUCUGGGUUUGAGUGUCUGCUCACAUGCAAUAUGCAUAUGACGUUUCCUAUCAGAUAUCAAAUGGAUGUUUAUUAGAUGUCUUUAAGAUGUUUAUGAUGUAGAAUGUGCACAAAACCAUAAAUAAUGGAUAACUGACAAUGACCUGUUUUCAACUAUUUUAACAGUGCUUCAUUACAUAUGAGCGCAUUUAGUCAGACAGCAGUAAAUUUGUGAGCAAACAGAAUACACUUAAAGUUCAACUUACUGGACUUUUAGUUACUUCCCAGACUGUCUAUUUUAGGAGACUGCUAGAUGAUUGCUAGAGUAUUUAUUGGAGCAUGUUUUCAUAUGAUCAAUGUGCAUUACAUAUAGAUUGGCUUUCUCUUAUUUUCUUUAAUAUUUAAUAAUCACGUUUUCUUUCCACACUGAGUGGUGACUGAGAUGUAGUGAACAAAAAGGAACUCGAGGCCUCUAAUGACCAGAAGCAGCCAAGCACCGAGAAAAGGAACAGACAUAUGAAGGAUCCUGAAGACUAUUCCAGGCCCAAACUGGGAAGUAUAAAGUAUAAAGACAAAUAUCUGGCCUAUAUGGCCAGAUUGUUGUCUUUUCAAUAAAAAAAAAAUGUUCCACUUAUUCUUGCAAUAAAACAGAAGACGUACGUUUUGUUCCAGAAUAAAGAAAUGUUGAUAAAACAAAUGGGUUAAUAUAACAGGCAGUUAUGAACCUCAAAAUUCUAACAUAACCAAUAUAAAUUCUAUUUCGAAUGUCUUUAAAUUAUUAAUAUCAUAUGGCUAGCUCUCCCUUUGUGUAGCACCUUACAACAACUGCACAAUCUAGUCAGGCACAUAAUGGAACAGAAUGGUUUUAUGGCACACAGGGAGCACAUACAUGACUACAUUACUCUAAUGUUCUAAUCAUUUGAAGAUUCAAUUAUCAUAGGUCUUGGAUUCAGCUGGCUACACUGGACAACUACUUUUCUAACAGCUUUGAUUUAAAAUUAUUGAAAUGAUUUUAGCACAGUCCUCCACAAAUCCUACCUUCUCUACAUCAAGUAAAUUAACAGAGGAGUUUACAUCUGUUUUUUGUUUUUUUGUUUUUUUCAUUUUUAUUUAAACUGCAAUUUUUAGGGAAAAUAAGUCCUGAUCUUUUAAAAAGUUUACUAAGGUUGAGGAUGACAGAUCACUCAUUUGCAUUAAAAACUUUUCAGAACUCUAUGAAGUGGAUACCUGACCUAGAGUGGGUGAAGGGGUUAACUAUUUUACCUAAAUUGAUACGUUUAUUUAGGGCAGAUUGUUACAGAUCUUAAAAAAAAAAAUCUAAGUCUGGAGCUUUGUAAUAUUAAAUAUAUACAUUUCUAGAUUUACAUUUUAAUAAGAGGUUUAGUUGUUAUUCUACAGCGUUUUAUAUGUGGAAAAUAAAUGAUUCCUUCUUUUUUUAGUAUGGGCCAGUAUUAACAGGUUUCUAAUAAAUUCACUAUAAAAUUCAUCAUGUACUAUCCCUGUUAAAAUUAAGUUGGAUGACUCUUCACAUUCUUUAGCUAUUUCCAGCUUGCAAACAGUAACACGCUUAAAAAAUGAUUGUAGGCUACUAUUUUUAUUUUAGGAAUCAGGAUUAAAGGAUGAUUCGUUAAGGUAUUGAUUGUUUAGGCAAUUUUAGUAUUUUUGUAUUCACUUGUAAUUUUAUGAAUCUCUCAUCACUUAAUAAGAAUGUUGCUAAAAACUUUCAUUUUAGUCAUUAUUUAUUUAUUUAUUUAUCUACGCUAUUUUAAAAUAUGUUUGUUAAUUUUUUAUUUAUUUGUUUUUCUCUUUAUAUUUAUUUUUUGUUAUUACUAUUUAGAUGUUUAUUGUUUUGUAUUCUAAUUGUUUAUGUAUUGUAUUGCUUUGACUGUAUCCCCUGUGAAUUUUACAUAAUAGAGUUUAAUAAAAUAACAAUAAUAAUAAUCACUAAUCGAUUGAACAAAUGACCCUUACAAGGGGCUUCCGUCACUCACAAGCCAGUAUGCAAUGUUUGCCAGCUUCUUGCUUCUUCUAACUGCAAAAUUCCCAUCAGUUUUCUUACAGACAUAAACAUAUGUGUAUGCCAGUUUUGAGCUGUCAACAGUUUCUCCUUGUUGUGUAAAAUGUAGGGCAAGGCCAGACUCCCGUUUUUUGCUUCUAGCGCCACCUGCUGUCACGAAUUUUCAUUGACACUCUUUGGAUUACAUUCAGUUUGAGGUUGUCACAACAUAUGCACAUAAGCUUUUCUGUUUAACAGGAUUAACAUUAAUGACAGAUAGGCCAAUGCCGGCUAUGUUCCAGCUUUCUUUCCAUGAGCCGUCAGUCUUGAAAUGUGUGACUUAAAUAUUCCAUCAAGGCACCCGACAGUCUCAAAAGCAUUGCUAGCACAUUCAAGAGAAAGCUUAAGGAUAAGAUGAAAUUGAAAAGUGCAGAAAAGAAAAAAAAGCCCAGUGAUGUUGUCCUGGUUUUCUUCCCAAUUGUUUCUCGCACUGGAACUGACAUUGAUGCUGCUAUCAGUAGCAUUGAAGACCUAAAUGAUAAGCCGGUCAUUUUAGUGGUUCUUCAUCACACAUUUGAUCCUGAGGCCGUUGUGUCAGACAGCAAAAGAUUUGUGAAAAGGGAUAAUACAUGUACAGUGGACUGUCUGUUUUAUGAGGACAAAGGAUUACUGGACUGUAAAAGAAAUGAUACAGCCUACAAAAAUACUAUAGAUUGGCUAAAUUCUGUGAAACCAAUCCUGAAGGAAAGAAGGGCUCAACAGAAGUAAUUUCCUACAAAUCCUGAACUUCCAAACUUCCAAUUUGACAGACGCACUGGGAAAAGACAAUUUUUUUGAUAGUGUAUGCAUAUUGACAACCAAUUAAAUCCUCCAAUAAAAUGUAACUCUCCACAUUUUGCAGGCUUCUUUUGUCAUAUUCAAGUUAUAGAUGCUACAGAGGGGCUUCUGCUGUGUAGAGAUGUGAACUAUGUGAAUGCACUGGAAAUAGUUAUUUCUGUAUUAAAGUUGAAACACUCUUCAGGCUGAACGUUUAAAUCUGAUGGCAGUAUUUCUGUGUUGUUUAGUCAAAAUCCAUAUUUGACUGUCCAUAUCAUUCCUUUUGGUUUUCUCAUACUAUUUUUCUUCUCUGAUGAAGUCUUGCUAUGCUAGCUAAGCAGUCCUGACCUUUUUUACAACACCAAAACGGUUUCACCCACAGCCAGUGUUGGGGAAAGUUACUUAUAGUAAUGCAAUGCAAUAUUGCGUUACUCUCUAAAAAAGUUUCUAGUAGGUCUUUUUGCAUGAAAAGUAAUAUUGUUACUUUUGAGUUACUCUUUAUAUCAGUGUAGGGCUUGCUUGUUUUCUGUCUGAUAAUACGUGGGAAACAAAGUAACUUCAAUUAUUUGAAAAGUAUCUUCAAAAUUAACGUAAAGUAACAUGUUACUUUACUAGUUGCUUAAAAAAGUAAUCUGAUUACGUAACUUGCAUUACUUACUUUUUUUCAACCGCUUAUGAAGUUUGUACAGCAGAUUAAUCGUUCUAUCUGUUAUCCAGGCUACUUGUCUCGUGUUGGUUUGAAAGGAAGCUGGAGCCUGUGAGUGGACUCAUAGAAUUGUCUGUUUAUGUUCUUCUUGUAUGUUUUCUUUCUGACAAAAUGGCAUACACAUCUCAAAUAAAAUAAACACAAACAAA